AAUUUUUCCUUUAUUAAUUUUUAUAUAAGAAAUUUAUAAAAUUAGAUUAGCAUAUCAAAUUUAUCUUUACAAUAAAAACUACAUUACUAGUAGUUGCGUAAUUCUAACGAGCUACUACCAAACAGCCACUUGCUUUUUUAGCCUGCAUGUCAAUCGACUGAGCUUUACUUUGUCGUUAUCGAGGAGGAAUACUUGCACAUUUCACCGGAAACAUGUGGCAUCUCCGGCGAUUUAUUUGCUCCAUCUUACUUGCUUUAGCCCUCUACUCUUCUCCUCAGGCUCGGGCAAAUCCAUCCUUAUCAAUCAGACCCACUUCGCCUUUCUCUAUCGCUCUUGAAACCCUUCAAAACCAAAUCCAGUACACAUUUCAAGAUGUGGAGUUGCUACGACGCGCACUGACGCAUGCAUCAUACUCAGGAGAGAACAAUAGAGCUUUGAGCAUUUUGGGGGAGAAGGUGAUUGAGGGUUCGGUUUCUCUGCAAUUGCUUAGCAAGGACAUCGACAUGCCCCCCAAGGAUCUCAACCGGGUUAUUGUGGAUCUGUCCUCCAAUGUGGUAUCAUCGUGUGUUGCUGACGGAGGACGCUUAGGUUUACAGAAGAUAAUCAGGGUUUCACGGAAGACCAAUUCGUCGGCUCCUGCAGUGGUUUGUGGUGCUUUCAGGGCGGUGUUCGGAGCAAUUGCAAUUGACAAGAGUAGCUUGGACAGUGCGGGGAAGGUGUUCUUGACAAUUCACGGGAAAGGCAUGGAGAAAGCUAUGGCAAUGUAAGUACCCAACUAUUGUUGAUGUUGGCUGACAUAUUUCUAGUCAGGGGAACUUUGUUUAUUAUGUGUUGAAGAUUAGCCACUGUGUGUUUAGCUUAGUAUGCACUAUGCAACUAGUUGACUUCGUAAACUUGAACUAUGUUAUGUAUCGAAAUCAUUUGUGUCCACUGCAAGUGGAAUAAUUUUCUUUAAAA